CUCGGACCGAGGCUUGUUUUUUUCGGCAAAACCAAUGACAUAAACGCCACCAUCGUGGGGCGAGAUGGUGAAAUGUGAGAGCAGGGCAUCUGCUUUCGGUGUCACGAGCAUGGAGUUUGUGGCACAUGUUAUCAGUGUCAACAGCAGCCGUGCAUGGUCUCUGCCUCCCUCCCUUUCUCUCUCUCUCCCUCUCUCUCUCUCUCUCUCUCUGUGUAUCCAUGAUAUUGCCCCUGCCCAUGGCUGCUACUCGCUCAUUGACUCUGUGUAACUCAAUCUGAGAGGCUGGAGCCUAGCGGAGUGGGCUCGCUUGCCGUGUUCUCAUCCAGCCUGGACAGUCAGCCACGCGCUCGGCACACUGGAGAGAGCGGCUCUUAAGUGGCCUCUCUCUAUCUCCAUCUCGCUCUCUCUUCCGGGCCUUUUUUUUUUUUCCAUAACGGCUGUAGACGUAGGGAGCAGAGGGUGGUGAAGGACCCCUACUGGUAAAGUGGGUAAACACGCACAGCCCUGACAUCUGUGCUGCAUGCACGAGUGCGAGAGACACAAGGAGCAGGGGAGAGAGAGUGGGGACGAGUGCGAGUGCAGCCUAGCCGUGGAGGCGUGUGGGGAGACGGGGGGAAAAAAUGCCGUGCUUCGUGGAGAGAAUUCCACCCGAGCGUCAGGGAGAGGUGAGACGCAAACAGGAGGGCCGUCUCUUGCCAGCUGAAAGGGGUUUAUGCACUGAAAAGACCUCAGGAAAAUCCACGAUGGCCGCCAAAAGAAAAGGUGGCCUAAAACUCAACGCUAUCUGUGCCAAGUUGAGCCGGCAGGUGGUGUAUGAUGGCAGCUCCCAGAACGCCGAGGGCGACCCAAGCCUGGCGGACAAUAGCGAGCGGGGCAGUUCGCACUACGACGAGGGCGACAGACCCGAUAGCGAUUUCUCCGAAGGCUUGACGCUGGGCCAGAGCCUAGAGGAGGACCAGAAACGGCGCGAGGCCAUCGAGAAGUGGGUGAACGGCGAGUACGCUGAUGACCCGGCAUCCUUCGAAGACGACGAGCCAAAGGGGUCCAAAGCCAAUGGCGGAGAAGAUGGGCCUCCAGAGGGCGUGUACAUGGUACAGCCCAAAGGCUGCAGCGACGAAGAAGACAAUGGGGACGAAGCCGAAGCAAUGCCUAUGUCCCACGAGGGCAGUUACCAUGAUGACAGGGACUCAGAUAGUCCUCAAAAAGAGACGAGCUACCCGCCGUCCAGUGAGACCCCUAACUGCCAAGCUUCCUUCUCUUCUCCAGGGGAAGCCUCUGUCCUGCGCGACUAUGCAGCCAGCACCAUGAACGAGUUCCUCCACAUGUUUGGCUACGAUGAACAGCAGGGCCGUGACGAGCUGGCCAAGAAGAUCAGUUUUGAGAAGAUGAAAGCCGCUACCUCAGACCCCUCAUCCCUGACUAGUGAGGAGGCCACGCGCCGAGCACGCUUCUCCAAGUAUGAGGAGUACAUCCGCAAGCUGAAGGCCGGAGAAGCUCUGCCCUGGCCCAUGCACACCAAACCCGAGGAGCUCAACUCGAAAAUAACGCCGGAAAAAAGCAGCACACUCCUGCAUCCUUCCUCCUCCCUCCCAGGACCUGAGACUCAGAUGUUUUCCACCAGUGUGGAGCACAAGCAAGCCCAGAUCAGUGGCAACCCAACUGGCAUUCCUACCCACAACCUGGCAUCCCGUGCCUCCAAAUAUGACUUCUUCAUCCAGAAGCUGAAGAUGGGUGAGAGCCUGAGGCAACAGAAUGGCAAUGCUUAUAAGAGGCCUUCCAAAUAUGACCUGGAGAAUGUCAAGUACUUGCACCUUUUCAAGCCAGGAGAAGGCAACCCUGAUAUGGGCGGAGCAAUUGCUUUCAAAACAGGUAAAGUGGGCCGGCCUUCCAAAUAUGAUAUACGAAACAUCCAGAAGCUUCUCCCUGGGAAGGGUGAUUCUCCCAUGAUGCCUAGUGUUCUGUCCUCCACACCGGGCACCCCAGGCACGCCCGUGAUUCCAACAGCCGCUUCUGCCGGAGCUGUUGGACCCCCAUGCUUACCGGUAGACCAGGUGGGCCAUAUGGGCUUUAACACUGACUACAUGAAGUCCAGCUUCUCCAAAACUGACUCCAUCACUACUGGAACUGUUUCCUCAGUCAAAAACGGCCUUCCUCCGGAGAAACCCGUGACAGAGGACGUCAACGUCUACCAGAAAUAUAUCGCCAGGUUUUCAGGGAGCCAGCACUGUGGACAUGUGCACUGUGCCUAUCAGUACAGAGAGCAUUACCACUGCAUGGACCCUGAGUGCAACUAUCAGAGAUUCACCAGUAAACAGGAUGUGAUAAGGCACUACAACAUGCACAAGAAGAGGGACAACUCGCUGCAGCAUGGCUUCAUGCGCUUCAGCCCUCUGGAUGACUGCAGCGUGUAUUACCAUGGCUGCCACCUGAAUGGCAAGAGCACUCACUACCAUUGUAUGCAGGUGGGCUGUAACAAGGUGUACACUAGCACCUCCGAUGUCAUGACUCACGAGAACUUCCAUAAGAAGAACGCGCAGCUGAUAAACGACGGCUUCCAGAGGUUCCGCGCCACUGAGGACUGCGGGACGGUGAGCUGUCAGUUCUACGGGCAGAAGACCACACACUUCCACUGCAGGCGUCCCGGGUGCACCUUCACCUUCAAGAACAAGUGUGACAUUGAGAAGCACAAGAGCUACCACAUCAAGGACGACGCGUACGCCAAGGACGGCUUCAAGAAAUUCUACAAGUACGAGGAGUGCAAGUAUGAGGGCUGCGUGUACAGCAAGGCCACCAAUCACUUCCAUUGCAUUCGCCAGGGCUGCGGCUUCACCUUCACCUCCACCAGCCAAAUGACGUCGCACAAGCGCAAACACGAGCGCCGUCACGUCCGCUCCUCGGGCAUGCUAGGCCUCACGUCCUCCUUCCUCCUGCCCAAGGAAGAGCAAGAAGAAUCCAGCAACGAUGACCUGGUGGACUUCUCAACCAUUAGCAGCAAGAACUCCAGCCUGAGUGCUUCGCCCACCACUCAGCAGUCCUCCACUGUUCCCCACCUGAUGUCCACACCCACUACAGCUAGUACCUCCAGCCCCAGCAUCAAGCCCACUACCACCCUCCCCGCCGCCAGCCGCAUCUCCACUCUCCUCUCGCAGGCUCUUCCUAGUAACAUGCCUGUAGCCCUGGCGCUCUCUGGCAGUGCCCUGAGCAGUGCAUCCAACUCGUUCUUCCCACUUUUACCCAGGCUGCCCCUGCAGAUGCCCCCAGCAGCUGCUGGCAUGAUCUCUGCCGUGAGCUCCUGUGCCCUCUCCACACCCCGGGACUCUGUGGCUCCAAGCUCCAGUUCAGUUGGCGAGGCGGCAUCUGUGGCCUCAACACCAACUUCCUACUCUGCGUCCUCAAUCAUGGACAAGAUCUCAGCCAGUAAGGGCUUGAUAUCACCCAUGAUGGCAAGAUUGGCUGCUGCUGCACUCAGUACUACGAGCAACCCUGACACAGGAAACGGACAGCAGGCUCAGACAAGCCGGUUUAAUCCGGUUCAAGUGAAGCAGGAGCCAAUGGACAGCACCUCUGGGCCUUCCCAGGAGUCCAUGCAAGAACACAGCCUUGACCUGAGCAAGAAAGACCACGGUAAUGAAUCAAACGGACACCCUGUGCCGGGGAAUCAAUCUCUUUUAUCCUCACUUAUGAAUAAGAUGUCGCAGGUGAAUCCGGGCUUCUUCAGCGCCCUGAACUUGAAGUCGGAGCUGGAGAGCGGCCAGGCAGCUGAUAGCUCUGACGCGGCUCAGUACCUCAGCAGGCUGGUCAAAAGACCUGUUCUGGAGAAACCAGCCGAGUGGAAGACCUACCUGCGCAGAUAUGAUAUUGAUGAAAUCUGUGAUGCCCAGUGUGACUUCCUGCACAAAGUCCACUUUCAUUGUCUUGUGGAGGACUGCGGCGCGCUCUUCAGUACAGUGGAUGGAGCCAUCAAACACGCAAACUUCCACUUCAGAGCCAACCUAAAGGUUAAACCAGAGACCGCUUUCAACGAGGGCAAGGAGUCCAGCGAGGGCGUCCCCAAUCAGCUCGCUGUGCCCGUCUCUGUGCCCAACACUCCGCCCAUGGACGUGCCCAGUGCAGCAGUGUCAGGGGCCUAUGCCUCUUCACCCUCCCUGUUGGCAUGGAAGCAGAUGACGGGCUCCAUCCCCCCACUUCCUGCCUCCAUGCCCAACAUGGCCGCCUCCUCGCCGCUUGCUACCACUUCACUGGAGAACGCUAAGCCUCAGGUCAAACCGGGCUUCCUGCAGUUUCAAGACAAUGACCCCUGUCUGGCAACUGACUGCAAAUACUCCAACAAAUUCCACUUCCACUGCCUGUUUGGCAACUGCAAGUACGUGUGUAAGACGUCUGGAAAGGCAGAGUCACAUUGCCUGGACCACAUCAACCCCAACAACAGCUUGGUCAACGUGCGAGAUCAGUUCUCUUACUACUCGCUACAGUGUCUCUGUCCCAACCAGCACUGUGAGUUCAGGAUGAGAGGACACUAUCAUUGUCUGAGACCAGGCUGCUUCUUUGUCACCAACAUCACCACCAAGCUGCCGUGGCACGUCAAGAAGCACGAAAAAGCCGAGCGACGUGCAGCCAACGGCUUUAAAUACUUUACCAAGAGAGAGGAGUGCGGCCGCCUCGGCUGCAAGUACAACCAGGUGAACAGCCACUUCCACUGCAUCCGUGAAGGCUGCAUGUUCUCCUUCCUGCUCAAGCACCAGAUGACGUCUCACGCCCGCAAGCACAUGAGGAGGAUGCUGGGAAAGAACUUUGACCGAGUCCCGUCCCAGGUGAUGCCUCCUGGUCACCAAGCAGAUGAGAUGCAGCACAUGGCUAACAUGGCCUCUUCCGGCACCAUGGGCACGCACUCGAGCCUGUCUCAAAGCUUCUCCAACAUGGCGGAUGACAACGAUGACUACAUGGACUACAUGGGUGGAGGAAGUCCACUGGGCCUCUCGUCCGAGUCGUCCAACCAAGACCGCAGCUGCACCAGCACUCCUGUGGGCAAUGACAGCUCCCCUGCAGGACCAGGUUCUCAGAUCCCUGCUCCUACUCCCAUUACCUCUGCUGACACUCCCCCCACCUCUCAAUCUGCACCACCACCACCUCCUCCUCCUCCUCCACUUCCUCCUCCACCUUUACCUCAGGCUCCGCUCCAGUCCCAGCCUCCUUCUUUCCCCCCAACUCUCCUGCGUCCUCCUCUUCCCUCACUCCCAUACCUCCUCUCUCCAACCUGUGUCUCAUACUCUCUGCUCAGCGCCUCUCUUGGAGCCACUCGGAGUGUUGUCAUGCCAACCAACACACCAGCUUUCAGCCCCAUCAUUGCCACUCCGUCUCCGGUUAAAAAUGACGUGCCUAUAGUGCAGGACGCUGCAGGGAAUACCAUCUCCAUUCCAGCAGCAAGUGGUGCCAAGAAGCGCUUCUGGAUCAUCGAGGACAUGUCACCAUACGGCAAGCGGCGCAAGACAGCAUCCUCGCGCAAGAUGCUGGACGAGGGCAUGAUGCUGGACGGCUUCCGCCGCUACGACCUGUACGAGGACUGCAGGGACACAGCGUGCCAGUUCUCGCUCAAGGUGACUCACUACCACUGCACCCGUGAGAACUGUGGCUACCGGUUCUGUGGCCGCACUCACAUGUACAAGCAUGCGCAACACCACGACCGCGUCGACAACCUCGUCCUUGAUGACUUCAAGCGCUUCAAGGCGUCAUUGAGCUGCGACGUGGCCGACUGUCAGUUCUCGGGCAACUCGACACACUUCCACUGCCUGCGCUGCUCCUUCCGCUGCACGGACAGCACCAAGGUGACUGCUCACCGCAAGCACCACGGAAAGCAGGACGUAAUCAGCGCUGCCGGCUUCUGCCAGUUCAGCUCCAGCACCGACUGUACCGUGCCCGAUUGCAAGUACAAGCUCAAGUGCUCGCACUUCCACUGCACGUACCCUGAGUGCAAGCAUACAGUGGUAGGCAUGUCGCAGAUGGACUCGCACAAGCGCAAGCAUGAGAAGCAAGAGCGUGGCGACGUGCCCUCGUCCGUCUCUCCUAACCGGGAGGCUGGGCAACACCAGACAGGGCUGGUGGCACCACCAACUUCCAUUAGUCUACCCCCUACAUCACCUGGUGCUCAAGGGCUGCCCCACAAUAAUGCAGCCAUGUACCUCGCUUCAGCAAUGGGCACCGAGUACCCCAAUCACACACGUUCAACCCUCAGCCUGGAUGGCUCUCUGAAUCUUGGCACCGAUGUCAGCAGCUCACUGUUCUUCCUGAAGAAUGCCAGCGGCCUGGGCCUCAGCGACUCCCUGGACCUGAGCAAGAAGCUACAACAGCGCGAGGCACUGUUUUCUAUGGGGCCUGGAGCUUCCAUGCCUGCUUCCAUGAGCCUGAGCAAUCCACAGGAUGACACCACGGGCACGUCAGGCGAGCCCGAGGACGAGCUGUCACCCGACGAAGAGCCCACGCACGAGGACGAGGACGACGAGGACGAUGAGGACGACCCGGAGGAAGACAUGAACACGGACUCGUACGACGACUCCCUGCCCGAGCACGAUGGAGAGAAAGACAACGAAGACUGUUUCGAUGCUUCCAUGAACCAUGCCGAGGCUUCCCACCUGGAAAAAGACAAGUCCGAGGCCGACCUGUGAACCACGCUGUACGCACUCGAAGAAACAAUCCCUGCGUGCAAUGAACAAACCCCAGUUCGAGUGGCCUCGUUUAUCACGUCUAGAGACACCGCACAUGACAAGGAAAUGACAAAUACGCAAGAAAAGUGAAGGCCCAAAAUGAUUUACGAUGUUUACAUGAUGACCAACAUUAUUAAUUUAAUUAUGCAUUAAAAAUGAACAGAGAAACAGACAGACAGACGAGGCCGUCUUUUACACAUGGGUGGCAAUGUAAACAUUUUCCUACGCAUCAGUCUUUUUUUGUGUGUGUGCGUGCAUGUUUGAAUUUAAUUUAUUCUAUUUUGUUACUUUUUGUGUGUGGAGAAAAAAAUAUAAGUAAGAAACAGUCUAUAUAUAUAUAUAUAUAUAUAUAUAUAUAUAUAUAUAUAUAUAUAUAUAUAUGAGUAUCUAUAUACAGUACGUGUGUGGAUGUUAAAAUACAUUUGAAGUGCAGUCACUGAACUGCGGAAUCCAAGAAAGUAAUGGCACGCUUUUAAAACAAAGAAGUCUUUUUUUCCUUUUUAAAUGAAUGUGUUGAACAAUUGAUUUAUUAACAUCCUGCAUUAUUAUUAUUAUUAUUAUUAUUAUUAUUACUGUUAGUGCAGGGGCCCGUCAUAUUGCUUUGGCAUUUUCCAUUUCACACUUGAUUCACUUUUUUUUUUUUUUUAAAGGUUAUUUCCAGUCAUCACAGUUUUCACAUACAUGUUCUCAGUUGUGUCAUAGGCUCCAUUCCAUUUGGACAGUGUGUCUCUCGGGGACAAACAGCGUCAGUGACUGCAAGUUUCAGGCCAUAAGACAUCUAUCUCAGUAAACGCACCUCACCAAAAAGCUAGUGUGCACUCCAUUUUUAUUUCCUCCUCUCUUUGAAAUGAGGACUGUUUUUUUUUGGUUGUUUUUUUUUUUCCUGGCAUUGCAUAUUGCUAGUGCACUUUUGUAUAGACGAGGUUAGAUAGUCAAGCCUCUAUUUAAGACGUUUCGUUACGGUGUGCAUCACUGCAUUAUUGUUGCUUUUUUUUUUUUCUUUUUUUCUUCGUUUGUUAUUGUUGUCACUGUUAUCAUUGCAUUAGUCCUCCACUUGCACAGGCGUGACCAGUCGACACUGGUGUUUGUUGCUGCAGAACGGCCCGUUGGGAAAACGGGACGAGACCGGGGAGGAUCAUGAAUACUUGAUGGUGCUGCUGCCCAGGGGGAAAAAAAAAGGGAAUCAAUGCCAGCUCUUCGGCCCUCUAUGGACUCCCACAAUGCACUCAAGUAUCCAUUAGACACAAGGACGGAAGUGUGUUCUCUGAACGUAGGGAAGAUCUAGUAGCUUGUAGGUAAUUUUGUUCUCUUCUUUCUUUCAUUACAAUUUGAGUAGCAUGGAUAUUUAAAAAAAAAAAAAAAGAAAAGAAAAGAAAAAGAAAGAAAAAAAAAAGGUAGUGCGAAAAUUCCCAGUUGGAGUCUGUGGUUGAAGAUUCUUUAGAAACCUCAUAUAUCUGCUCUUAACAGAGAGACUUUCUUGGCUGUGGAUUAAAAAUGGAAGAACGUGUCACAGAGUCGCUGUAAGAAAUGCUCGAGUGUGUGAAUAAUACAGACAAAAAGCUACGUUUCAAGCUUCGUUUUCUCUUUCUAAAAGCUGUGGUCUAGCUCCGAUUACAACCGUUUAUUUAAUAUUUAUGUGACCUUGCAAAGAGAAAUGUUUAGGGUGUUUUUUGCACUUUUUAGAUUCAUUUUUACCAGAAAUACAAUGGCAUAUAUCUUUUAACAGGGAAAUUGCUAUACAAUGUUUUUUUUUUUGUUUGUUUUGGGGUUGUUUUUUUUUUCCACUUUGCUUUGAUGCACAAAUAAUUGUCGGUGUGACGAAGACCUGUUGUUCUGUGUUUUAUUUAAAAAAAAAAAAAAAAAAAAAGCAAAAAAAAAAAAAAAGGGACUGAUUUUCUUUGCUUCUGAGAUUGGAUGAUUUCAAUAUGAAACAGGCAUGCCAGAAGCAAGGCUGCCUAACGAGUAACACUAAUGACGACUGUAAUUUAAAUGAAUUCUAUACAGAGGAAAUUACUGCAGUGCUCCGCUCCAAAUUACAGAAAGAAAAAAAAAAAAAACAAAGCAAAACAA